CUACACGCCCUCUCAAAAAAUUGUCUAUGCCCCCCUUGUGGGGUGCGUCACACCGUUUGAGAACCACUGCUGUAUAGUAUUCAUAACUCUCGGCAAUUCAUUGGGUGUCUGCAACUUUGCCAGAGAUGAGUCUCCAUCACUUUUGAGUGUGUGUAUCCUAUCAUUGUUAAACAAUGAAACCACAAUAAUUCUGUAUUACAUCAGUAGCCCUGCCCUUGUCGCAGGGUCCUUCACUUCCUAGUGGGCAUGUGUGGCCUUGCUUUGAGCAAACUUUCACAGUCAGUGGCUUGUUAUAGAUAGCCUCGUUUUAAGUUAAAUACAUGUUACUGUUGCCUUGAAUUGAGUAAAAUCUCACAAAAGAAAAAUCCCACAAAAGUUUCUGUCAUAAAAAAAUAGUUAGUCUUUAUUUAUCAAAAUCUCAUGAGGGAAUAAGUUAUCAUGCCUUGUAGUGUACUUACACAAUGUUACUGCACAUUAGUCACAUAUACAAGUAGUGCAAUUAUAUUCAUUCUAUAUAUUGUGUUGUGUAUCAUUCACAUUUUUGUAGAAAUUGGUAAUUUUUGGACUAAAUAUGGCUGCCACCUCUUUGCAAGAGAAUGAACCUGACUCAACGGUUUAUGAAUCAAGAACUUCUUUCUUGAAUUUGUUGGAAGAAAAACAAAGAGCUUUGAAUAAGAAAGCUUUGCUGCACAGAUUUGUCUACAUUGCGAGAUUAGCACCUGAACUAGCUGACAAACAAGAAUUGGAAGUUUAUUAUGAAAAUCUGUUCAACAACUUAAAACACCAGCACCAAGGUGAAGAUGCCACUGGAAUUUUACUUGUUUAUCCAAGUUAUGUUGUUCAUCUGAUCGAGUCAUCCAUAGAAAUGGUCCACGGUGUCAUCAGAGACCUUCAAAAAAUGUCUUCAAAGGGGAACGCUCUUCUUGUUGACCCGAAAAUCCUCCUAAUAAGCCAUGAUGUACCGACAAGACUAUAUCAGCAAUGGACGUAUCGUGUGCUCAAUAUCACAGCAAGUGGCGAGGGGUACGAACAAGGCAAACAAAGUGUGGAAUCUCUCGCUGUUGAAUGUGUCACCACGUUACUCAAAUUCGGAGUCUUUAUUUUGAAAUCACCAAAGUUCAAUCUGAAAACUUCAAAAGAAAAUCUUCACGAAACAGUACCAGACCUUCUGAUUCCACAAGACUUGAUUGGAUUCCUUCUCAACCAGUCGGAACUGGAUACACCCAGUCAAUUCAUCCGCAGAUACGACCAGCCUGUUGAUAUAACACUAGAUGGCGAACUUGUCUGGCCAAUACAGGAAUCAAUCGCUUUCAAACAAUUACUUACGGACACUGCGACUUUAACUGCGCAAACUUGAAGCAUUCAUUUUGAUUAAAAACUAUCGCAUCCGUUUUCGUAUCGCAUGUUUUUUAUGUGUUUUUCUAAAAUACUGAUUGUCCCCAAGGAUCAAUUGAUAGACUUUUGCAGAAUUUUAUAAUAAGUUUUUUUACGUUUUUAUUCAAAAUUUUUAAUGUCACCGACCGGACUAUUUGUUUCUUUAAUAUAAAUAUGAAUUGCAAGUUUUUUUCCCUAUUUUUAUGAAAGCAUUUGUAACUUUUUGCUAAAAUUUUCUGAACAGUUUUCUAAAAUCCUUCUGUCACCAACCUGAUUCACUCUAUUUUGUUUCUUCAAUAUAAAUUGCAGCAUUCAAGUUUUUUUUCGUAUUUUCCUGGAGUUACUCACUUUCUACAAAGCCGAUUGAACAGCUUUUGCAGCAGUUCUACAGAAAUUUUUUCAAACUUUUCAUAAAUUCUUGAUGCUUUCCGAAAUUCUAUUUUAUUCUUUCAAUAUAAAUCGCAGCAUUAAAAAUGUCU